AGAUCUGGGUUACCGCACUGGGCCGCGGGGCGCCGCUGCGGGCCCGGAAACGCCUCCCCCUCGCCCGGCGCCCCGCUCUUUGCUACCCCGCUCGCUCCGGCCGUCCGUCCAGCGCGCAGCCCCGAGCCCGAGCCCCGCCCCGCGCGACCCCAGCGCCGACCCGCGGCGGGCCCGGGCGCCCAGGCUGCGCUAGGCCGCCUUAGUAGCGCCUUGGCAUCUGACUCCGCGGCAGCCCCGGGGUAGCUUCAAGCUCCCAUUUACAGACGCGAAAUCAACCAGAGACAGAGGAUAGAUGCCGGGCCAGAGCGGGCACAGGACGACCUGCUUUCUGAGGACGAACCCUCCACCAGUAACAGGCCUCUCCGGGUCGCUGCUCUCUCCAGGACAGCGCCCCUGCUUUCAGCUGGCUGGCUCCAUGUGUGGAGGCGGCAGAAGAGCCCAAGCAGACCCAAAACAAGUGCGAGAGGAAGGAGCCAGAAGCAGUGCCUGUUGGCCAGGCCAAGAGCCCAAGGAGACCCUGUUGAGAAGGAAGAGCCAGCUGCAUAGAGGCCUGGGUUGUGGGCUGGCAGUUAGGGGAGGUGCUGCCGUUUUCUGUGGAGGCCUUCAGCCUCUUCUCACUCUUCUAAGCCCAUGGAAACCCCGUGGGAAUGCUUUCCACAGCUCCCCCUGUGCUGCCUUGGGAGACUUCUCCCUGGCCCUCGGUGGAGGAGGCAGAGCUCAGGACAGAGCCAGUCCUCUCCAAAGAGAGCCCCCCCAAGGUGACCUGUCCCUGCUGGCCCUGAGACUCCUGCCCCCAGCCAGGGUUGUCCUGUGUCAGUCUGACCACUUCCAUAGACUCAAUCCUGGACAUGGGGAGGCAAACCUUCAAAGGGUGGUCAGGCUGGCCUGCAGGAAGGAUGGCACCAGAAGUGACAGCUACUACCACCACUGAGGGUGGUAUGUGUUGAGCUCCUAUUCAGGGUCAAAAGAACUUUAUCAGCCCUGGCUGGUGUGGCUCAGUGGAUUGAGUGCCGGCCUGUGAACCAAAGGGUCACCAGUUUGAU